AUGAAGGCAUCUUUUCUGGCUCUUGCCGCUGUUGCACCCUCGACCUGCCUGGCUGGCAUUGGUCAUACCUGGUCCAUUUCGACGCCUGCCACAGGUCUCAAGGACAUUACCUUUGGGUUUGGCGUCUCCCAGGCCGCCCACAAGCGAGGCUACUACUUUGCCAACCAAUUCAAAUUCCAGAAUAUCCAAGAAGUCAGCUACACGGGUGUCCAGCCGCAGACGGACAGCAACGGCAAGGCAUACAUCCGCGGCGUCUUCUCCUCGUUCCAAAAGGGCACCACCUCGAAGCACCCCAACUGCAGCGACGGCGCCGACGGCGGCGCCGGUGUCAGCUGCGCCGUCACCCUGCAGGUCAAGGACUUUGGGGGCCGGUUCGACUGUGUCAUUGAGAAUAUUGGCGGUACCAAGUGGCGCGGCACCCUGAAGAACAGCGCGACGGGCCAGACGGCAGUCAUUGGCGAGUUUACCCAGCCUGCCGGUGCCGGUGGCAUCGUCGGCAACCAGGUCGGCUUCCUCGAGUACUUUCUCGCCAACGGAAACCCAAACUUCAAGUGCUCCGACCAGUUCAAGACGCAGGUUGAUUACUACUUUCCGACUUCCAAGACAGCGGGCGCCGGCAAAGGCACGAUUAACAAGCCUUACCAGUAUGGCAGCUGCAUUGAUAAGCAGGGAUUCAGCACCACUGCUGGCCCCAACUACUGGACAGUUCAUAGCGGCUUCUAA